UUCUUUGUCUGGCCGUACAACAUUGUAUUGCCAGGCAACCAGUAAAACUACCCUGACUUGCGUGAUUAAGCUGAAACCUGCAUAUUAUCAAGAUGUUCUCAAGCUCGUGGUAUGCGCGUACGCGGCCACUCUCCUCUAUUUUCGGUCAAGCUUGUUCCAAAGUCCUCCCACAAAUUGCCCCAUAUAUACAAUCCAAUCCAGGAAGGGCGGUCUCACGAGUCUCAGACUCGAUCUUGUGGUCUACAGAGAGCAGACUACUAACUUUUCGUCCACCGUAGGUACUCCGUUCCAACAGAUAUAGGAGACCGCACAGCAGGUGUUCCCUGUAACACAACAAGCGUGGCAAAGGAGCAGCAUUUAGAUAGAACAACCCAGAGCCUUUUCUAAAACCAAAGCAUGCACGUUGCAAGCCCUCUAACUAACAAGGUUCCGGAACGAAAUCGGGUUCCGAACCCAUCCCAGAGUUGCGAACACCAUCAUCGUCUAUCAGCCACCAAGUGCUUCCCGUCGGCACAAUAUACCAACGGUAACCAGCCUCAGGUUUAGACCCAAGACGCCUCGCGUCUGAACAAGUGCGCCACCAAUGGCCUCUCGGCGCAUAGUGUGCUCUCGAAGGAACGUACAAAACUACCUCACGAUCCGGACAAUACCGCCGGACUCUAGCAUGGCUGCAGCACAUACCUAUCUCGAAGAGCUUUCCCCUUGAAUAUACCUCGUAUACUACGAUGCUGGAAUCACCGAGACAAAUUCCGGCUCUCGAUAAUUGCAGCCCCACGAGACUGCUGCGGAACAGCCCACGUCUAUAUCCCAUCAAUUUUCACGAGAUUGCACUGGUAUCUUCGCAAGAGUGUGCGUGGAACGCAUUUUUGCUCACAUUAAAUGGUGGGUCUGUAUGUAGUCCAGACUACGGGAAGUUAAUUGAGAAUCAUUAUAGGGUCUUUGACUGUAUCAUCGUAGCAGGACACCGUGGCAAAAGAUUUGUACGAAUUUCAAAUGUUCUUCCCUGCUAGUCAAAGAUAGGCGCUGUGUCCGAUUGUAGUCCAAAUCACCAAUUGAAAUGGUUUCUAUCGAGCUAAUCUAUCCGAUAGGCCAUGGAAGUUAUUUCACUUUUAGCAGUGCGUUACACCAAAAUUUAAAGUAAGAUUGAUGCCUAGUGAAUACCAACAGUCCAUACGAGUGCUUGCCCUUUUGAGACCUUCGGCAUUGGCCUCACUUGAGCGUAUGGUCUCGCCUUGCUCAUAUCGAUACAUUCACCCCCGGCCCUCACAGCACUGUCUUCAAGUACUUCGAUUGCCACCAUGAAGUUGGCUAUUGUUGCAAGCCUUUUCGCCUUCAUAGGCGCUGCAUUUGCAGACCACGGUUUCCGAGCCAGCGUCCCAGAACUGAGCUCACAGCGCCACCUCCCACACAAACAAUCCCGCUCCUUCCUGCAGGGUCGUGACUGGACGUCGGAGUACCCAGUUGCCAGUGACGAGAUAUGGGGAAAAGCGCGCAAUCGGGGCUGCAGCUUCUUCCAGGCGUUUGGUCUCUCCGACCAGGAAACCGCACAGCAGCUUUUCGAACCUCCAAUGAACACUAUAGCGAGUCCUUGGAGGGACUUGGGUGACAUGAUUUCGUGGGGCUUUACUCAGACCUACGACAUUAGACAGAAUCUUGGCCCACAAACCGAGUUUGAAGCGAAAGACAGCUAUGGAUAUUCAGGCUGGGGUAUCGGCAGUGCUCUACGCGGUCUCAACGUUGAUGACAAGGCAUUGUGUAAUGGAGGAUGGAACGUCGUCAUCCAGAUUUGCCAUGGAGACAUGUUGAAGCAUGCGAGAAAUGAGCUUUCAUUCGAUGAGCAGAGCAUAAUGCACGGCAACAGGAGGAUCAGGGCGACCGGAGGCAAUUUCUUGUUCUCUGUCAAUCCACUCCAUGGCGUCCUAAUGGCUAUGGAUCGUCUUUCGGUUCAUCACGCAGCAGCGGAGCGCCAUCCACCAGUCCAAGGAAGUGACCUGCCGGACUUCAAUAAGUUCUCCGACAUACUUUUCCUUUACUGGAAGCUGCACGCCGACGAUUUCAAUAAUCGCAAUAUCCGAUACUUUCUAUCUCUGGGAAUCGCCAAUCGUGAAACCAUGGGCAUAAUUAAACGUUGCUUCCCCGAUGUUGACUGGGACCAAUUUCCAGAGUUCCCUGGCGAAACGUUCGAGUGGCACGAACCUGAGUUCAGAGCUCUCUUAGGAUCUCCAAACAGUCAAGCAUUUGCUUACUUUCUCAUCCAGCACAAGGCUGACUUUGGCAACAAGUAUAUCACCAAAGUGCAAGUUUUCGCCUCCGCUUUGCCAGACGGAAUGGUCAAUCUGUGCUUCCAUGUGGCCGACGAACCGCCUCAAGGACAAGCUUUCACCAGCAAUUGGAAAGAAGGAUCAGGAAAUCUGAGUCGUGUAAAGGCAAAAGCAAACCUGUGAAAUGCCGCAUUUCUAUCCCCACAAAUUAUAUCUCUCUUCCGGGGAUAUGGGCGUUCACAAAUGUUGAUGAGUGACCUAGAUAGGUUUUGUU